GCGCCUACCUACAACAGAAAAAUAAAUCAGUCUCGAAUAUACUUGCGUGCUGUGUUAUUUAGCUCCCAUUCCCAGUAUAUCACAUUGGCUGACGAGGAUGUCGAAAACACUACCUUUUAACAUUAAGGAGUUUAAUUUACGCUCGGGAAAGUGGAAUACGUAUAUAAGUCAGUUAACGGCAUGGUUUGAUAUAACAAACGUAAAACCGGACACUCGGGUGCAGUACCUCAUCGCGGUGGUCGGAACGGAAACUUUAGACUUAAUAAUAGAUUUGUGUUAUCCAGCGGAGCCGGAUACAGUGAGUUUCGACGAUAUAGUGUCAAAAGUUCGUGAACAUUUAUCACCUAAGCGAUCCGAGUUGGCAGAGCGUAUGACAUUCCGGGCAUGUAAGCAAACGGCCGACCAGUCCAUUAAUGAAUACCUGGCUCAACUUAAGCAGCUCGCUAAGAAAUGCAAUUUUACCGGUUCUACGUGCUUAGAAGAGAACCUGCGUGAUCAGCUGGCAUAUGGAUUGAGAAGUGAUGCGAUACGUUUCAAGCUGUUAACUGAGGACGAAUUAACAUACAGCCGCGCAGUGGAAAUAGCGACGUCGUUGGAGGCGGCGGAUCGAGACUCGAAGGCCAGCGGACCCAGCAGCGGCGCUGGGAGCGGGACAUCGGCGCCGAUGUCGACGCGAGAAGAGGACGUGCACGCGGUGCGCGUCGGCGGCGGCGGCGGCGCGCGCGCGCCCCCGCGCCGCAGGCAGCCGGCGGCGGCGCCGCGCGCGCGCUGUCCCCGGUGCUUGGGCACGCAUCAUCCGAGGAGCUGCUCAUUCAUGAACACGGAGUGCUAUGUGUGUGGAAAGAAGGGACAUAUAGCUAAAGCGUGUAAAAACCGGAAACAUAAUAGGGUCAACGCGUGCAUGGAGUCUACGGACACGAGCGACGACGUCGGGUCGGAGGACGGCGACGACGAGUACGACGUGCCGUUGUACUCUAUAGACGACGAUACCGGCGGUGACGAACCAUGGUGGCGCACAGUGACGGUGAACGGAGUUAAGGUGCGCAUGCAGCUGGACUGUGGUGCAGCGAUAAGCGCUGUGUCCAGCAAUUUAUUUAAUCAGCUGUUUAAAAAUGUUAAUUUGUUGCCUCCUAAGACAAAUUUAAAAAUGUACGCGGGACAAAAAGUCACACCGAAGGGCAUUAUGUUGUGUGAAGUUAUGUAUGGUGAUAAAAAGAAAUCAGAUUUAAAGUUAGUCGUAGUAGACUCAGACGACAGCCCGCCCAUUAUCGGACGUCGGUGGAUGACAGCGUUAGGUAUAAAAUGCAGUCCUGAAACUCCCGAGUCGAUAUAUAAUAUGAAUAACGGUCGUGAGGGCGUAGGGACACAGUUGGCUCGAGAAUUCCCGCAGGUGUUCGCGCAGGGAACUGGGAAGUUCACAGGUAAGCCCAUACAACUAAGAGUGGCCAGCGACGCGCGGCCCGUGUUCUGCAAGCCGCGGCCCGUGCCGCACGCGCUGCGCGCCGCUGUGGAGGCUGAGCUGGAGCGCCUGCAGGCGGACGGGGUCAUUUCGCCGGUGGAGACUAGCGAGUGGGGGACGCCUGUCGUGCCCGUCAUCAAAAAGUCAGGUGAGGUGAGACUGUGCGGGGAUUUUAAAAUAACACUAAACCCGGUAUUAGAGGAUGACAAAUACCCAAUACCGCGCAUCGAUGAAAUAUUCUCUAAUUUGCAAGGAGGACAACUUUUCAGCAAAAUAGAUUUGAGCCACGCUUAUCAGCAAUUACCGCUUACAGAAGAAUCAAAACAGCUGUGCGUAAUUGUGACGCAUAAGGGUAGCUUUUGUUACAAUAGAUUACCAUUUGGUAUUAAGUGUGCCAUGAGUAAAUUUCAGCGCGUCCUGGAUAGCCUAUUCAAGAAUAUGAACCUUAUUGCGGUGUAUUGCGAUGAUAUUUUAGUCACGGGUGUUAACGACGAUGACCAUUAUAAACGCUUGAUAUCGGUAUUCAAAAUAUUGUCCGAGGCAGGAUUAAGAAUUGCACAAAAUAAAUGCAUUUUUUUCCAAAAAUCGCACACAGACGAGCAAAAUAGAUGCCGUUCAGGCAGCCCCAGUACCGGACACCGUAUCGCGUUUAAAGGCAUUCUUAGGUUUGGUAAAUUAUUAUGCUAAAUUCAUACCUAAUAUAAGUACCGUUUUAC